AUGUGUUGGAGUCGCUCCCAGGCGCACCGGGACGACGAGGAUCGCCCAUCGCCAGUGCUCCUGGAGAGUUUGGUGGCUGCUGCCGCACAAGCGGAGCAGCAAUUGGGAGAAGGUGCCAGCAAUUCUCAAUUGGUCAGGAGAGCAGCGAAGUUGAACGUCUUCCACACCAUGGAGACGAUUCUUUCACAAAGCCGACUCUUGCAACUCUUGGUGCGCCAGCGGCAACUGGACAUCCAAGGUGCCAUCUUCCACAAAGCGACCGGAAAGGUGGAUUUCCUGGGGCGUUUGCCACAUGAAGAUCAACUCCUUCUUCCUUGA